AUGGAGGCCAAUUCAGAGGUUGUGCAGUUACCGAUCAGGGAAACAUCUGACAGAGCAGCGCCGGUUGAGAAGAUUGUGUCUGUCCCCCGGAUCAACCACAUCAUCACGGAGGACCGCAACUGUGGUCACUCCCUGCAGUCAAGCAAUGCUUGUUCACCGAGCCCGGCUGUAGCUGUCCUGGCUCUUGCUAGAAGGACAGGCAACGCUUACCACGAGGACCAGAACUAA